GAGGCCAGUGUUGCAGGCAGGCAGGCAGUGGAGAGAGUGUUGAGCCGCAGAGACGUGCCCAGGGUGGAUAAACCAUGCUCACUAAGUGGGAGAAAGACUCUGCCCAGGACACAAGAUGAAGGUGGAGAGGAAGACCUCCUCUACAGGCGACAGUUUUACUGACAUUCCUCCGCUACUGACGCUCUUUGGCCUCCUCCUCCUUCUCUUCACAGGUGAGGUGUCAGGGGUGAAUGUGACCAGCCAAACCCAGGUGGUGAGGGGCACGGUGGGCAAAGAGGCCCUCUUGUCAGUCAGCUACUCCAGCAGCAGCUCCGACAAGCCUGUGAUUAAGUGGCAGCUGAAGAGGGACAAAGAGAAACCCAUCACCGUUGUGCAGUCCAUAGGAACGGACAUCAUAGGGAACCUGAGGCCAGAGUACCGCAACCGUAUCCUGGUGUUUGAGAAUGGGUCGCUGCUGCUUCACAACCUGCAGCUGUCAGACGAAGGGGCGUACGAAGUCGAGAUCUCCAUCACAGAUGACACCUUCACUGGAGAGCACUACAUUGAGCUCACUGUGGACGUCCCCACGUCCAGACCUUACAUCCAGAUGAUGGCCUCGUCUGUCCUGGAGUACAGCGAGCACUUUAACCUUCACUGCUCCCACGAUAACGGCACAAAGCCCAUCUACGGUUGGCUGAAGGGAGGCAAGGUGCUGACCAAUGACACACGCCUGCUGCUUUCACAUGACCAAAAGGUGCUGACCAUCUCACGCGUUGUGAUGUCAGAUGAUGACAUAUACGUCUGCACAGUGGAGAACCCCAUCAGCAGCAUGAAGAGCAUGCCUGUCAGGCUCACUGUCUACAGACGGAGCUCGCUAUACAUCAUCCUGUCCACCGGGGGCAUAUUCCUCCUCAUCACCCUGGUGACAGUGUGUGCCUGUUGGAAACCAUCCAAAAAGAAGCAUCGACCCGUCCCCCAAAGAGCUCCCAUCUAUUUGGAGCAGAGUGAAAAUGGCCACGAUGUUGAUGUUGUUCCCAAACCAACUACACUUGGUCGGAGGAGUCCCAUGCCUCUUUAUGUUCUCAAUGAAGAUGAGACUCUGGAGCGGUUAGAAGAAUGUUCUGGCAAUGCCACCAUCCAAUCAGAAAUGAGUAUCCCUGCUACCUAUGCUCCAGUGCUUCCCCCCUCCUCCAACAGAACUGAGCGACCCAUCUGGUCUACCCCUCGCAGAUACCCCCGCAGCCCCUCUCCCCUGGCACAGCCGCUCCCACAACCCCUUCCAGGUCCUCCCCCACGCCCCCUCCGCUCACCUGCUCACUCCCCUGGUUCAUCUCCACGCAGCUUCAGCCCGAUAAGAAAGGUCCGUCCGCCAGUAGGCAUCCCCGCCAGCCACCUGCCUGUAGAGGCAGAGUGUCCCGACCCUUGUGAUCAGACUCACUGUCCAUCACAGCAGUGACAACAGCUCGAAUGUAUGUUUUCAUUCUGUGAUAUGUAAAGUCAUGUGUAGUUUGUUGGUCUUCUGUUAUAUCCUGCCACAAGGGUGAUGGAUUUGAUGCACUAGGAUAAGAGAUGAGUUCACUGUCAGCUAACUCUUCAUAUGCCAUUAUUUAUCAUCGAUGUCUCUAUGGCUAUGCACAGUAUCCCUGUAGUUUUUUGAAGUCAUGUGAAAAUUUAUAUUCUGUCCACCAGCAUGUAGUAGAUCAUGGAAAUGAUGCUGAGACAGUGAAGAUUUUCCACCUCUGGUAUAUAUUUUGCUUCUUGAAUUAUGAAUAUCUUGGGAGAUUUUGAUAAGUACCUGUACAUAUGUAAGUUAAUAGUUUGGGUCAGGUCUUUUUUUUGUUUUGUUUUUGUUUUUGUUUUGAACAA